CGCGUUCUAUUAUUCUCUCUCUCUCUCUCUCUCUCUCUCUCUCUUUUUGCUCUUAAUUUUUGGUUCAUAUAAUAAUUGCAUUCUCGCGCUGCAUUAGUCGCCGGUUAUUAAUUUUCUCCGGCGAGAGACACCGGCGAUUAUUUUCAGAUCAGUCGCCGGAGAUUCCUCCGCCAUUCCUCCACCACCGUUCCGAUUAUCUCCAUCCAUUCUCAAUACUCUUGCUUGCGGUUCAUUCCGAAUCCGAAGAUCUCACCGUUUCAUUUUCCGAUUUUGAUUGAACGGUGCAAACUGUUGUAAUGCGCUUCAGAAUUCGAGGUUUACACGUUCGGUUUUAAUCUGGAAUCGAUUUUGGAUUUUGGAUCGAGGAAAGUGAAAUUCAAAGUAGUGUAAUUGCUGUUACCGUUGUUGUUUUCGUUUGAAUCAUAGAUUUUAGGGUUUGGAAUUGGGCACAUUGAAGUUAGGGAGGGUUAUGAAGGAGUCGUUGUUGUGGGGGAGAGAAGAGAAGAGUGGGAGCAAAAGAGGGAAAUUGAUUUGGGAAGGGUUGAUGAUGAUGAGUAACAAUAAAGUUGAGAAGUUGAAGAAUACGGUGAAGAAUUCGGUGCCGGUGAGGUCUUCGAGGAUGAAUAUGUGGAUGUUAAGGGCUACUACAACGGUGAUUUUGUGGAUUUGUAUUGUUCAGUUAACUGCAUUUGGUGAUAUGUGGGGUCCUAGAGUUUUGAAAGGUUGGCCUUCUUGUUUUACACAUGAAUCCGCGAUUAUCGAGUUGCCGUCAACAAAGCCUAGGGUUCUUCCACCCAAGAGGGUUUAUAAAAACAAUGGUUACUUGAUGGUGUCGUGCAAUGGAGGAUUGAAUCAAAUGAGAGCGGCGAUAUGUGAUAUGGUGGCAAUUGCAAGAUAUUUAAAUGUCACGCUUAUAGUCCCUGAAUUGGAUAAGGCUUCCUUUUGGGCUGAUCCCAGUGAGUUUCAAGACAUAUUUGAUUUGGAUCAUUUUAUUACAUCCUUGAGAGACGAGGUGCGGAUAUUGAAAGAGUUGCCUCCUAGACUCAAGCAAAAAGUGGAAAAUGGGUUUCUUUACAGCAUGCCACCGAUUAGUUGGUCUGAUAUGUCUUACUAUAAGAACCAGAUUCUGCCAUUGAUACAAAAGUAUAAAGUUGUCCAUUUGAAUCGAACUGAUGCUCGGCUGGCCAAUAAUGGGCAAUCUAUAGAGAUUCAGAAACUGCGUUGCCGAGUCAAUUUUAGUGCUCUUAGAUUUACUCCUCAGAUUGAGGAGUUGGGCAGAAAGGUUAUCAAUCUUCUGAGGCAGAAUGGCCCAUUUUUGGUACUUCAUCUGAGGUAUGAGAUGGACAUGUUGGCAUUUUCGGGCUGUACCCAAGGUUGCAACAGUGACGAAGUUGAAGAAUUGACGAGGAUGAGAUAUGCUUAUCCUUGGUGGAAAGAAAAAAUAAUUAAUUCUGAUUUGAAAAGAAAAGAUGGUUUAUGUCCGUUAACACCCGAGGAGACUGCCCUUGCGCUUAGGGCCUUUGACAUUGAUCAAAACAUUCAAAUCUACAUUGCAGCCGGUGAAAUAUAUGGUGGGAGUAGAAGAAUGGCAAGUCUAGCCAAGAACUAUCCAAAAUUGGUCAGAAAGGAAACACUGUUGGAACCUUCUGAACUUCAGUUCUUCCAAAAUCAUUCCUCUCAAAUGGCAGCAUUGGAUUAUCUUGUCUCAUUAGAGAGUGAUAUCUUUGUUCCUACAUAUGAUGGAAAUAUGGCCAAAGUAGUUGAAGGUCAUCGCAGAUAUCUUGGGUUCAGGAAGACCAUUUUAUUGAACAGAAAACUUCUAGUUGAAUUGAUAGAUCAAUACACUAGUGGAGCAUUGAACUGGGAAGAAUUCUCUUCAGCCGUGAAGCAAUCUCAUGCUGACCGCAUGGGCGGCGCAACGAAAAGAUUGGUAAUCCCUGAUAGGCCAAAAGAAGAGGAUUAUUUCUAUGCCAAUCCAGAUGAAUGUUUAGAUCCAUCAGAGGAUGAUGAUAUGUUGAGUAGUACAGCUUAAGUGGAGUGUUUGGAAAAUAAUGGAAUCGUACUCGUGUCCUCUACUUGGCUUGGCUUUCUACCACAAAUACUAAGUUACACAGUUUUAACAAAGCUGACAGCAUUUAGUAUGGAAGAGUGGCAGUCAUAGUGACUGCUAGAAGAAGGGUUGGGGGGUAAACUUUUGAUGACGAAAAAUGCUCGAAAAUGCUAAGAAAAUUAGCCAGGGUUAGUUUAUAUAUAAAAUAUGCAAAUAAUCCAUCACAUUCUUGUAUAGAAGUUACCCUGCCAUUACAGGGUGAAGAGCAGAUCAAAAUCAAACUGCAUUGUACACGGAGGCAUUCGAAUACACGAUUUCUUGGAACAUGCAGUUCGUGGAAGCUUUAUUCCUUGGUACCUCUCAUUAUUUUUGCCUUCUCUCCCUAAUAUAUGAUAUAUAAAUAUAUUAAAAGGUCAUAUUUUCCUCUUUUACCACACUUUUUUUAUCCUUCACGACUUACCAUUUUAAUUUUGCUGGAUCAUUCCCUCUAUAAAAUUUCUUAGCAUUUGUUCUUGAUUUGAAA